AUGUCGGAAUUAGAGCCUAUCGCUAUUGUUGGCGGUGGUGCCUGGGGUCUUUCCACUGCUCUUCAUCUCCAUCAGUCUGGAUACACCAACAUUACUGUCUUUGAGACUGCCGAUUCGAUUCCUUCUCGCUACUCUGCAGCCUACGACCUCAAUAAGAUUGUUCGAGCUGAGUAUGAGGAAAGCUUUUAUACAGAUCUCUCUUUGCAAGCAAUCGAAGCGUGGAAAGAUCCUCUAUUUGGUCCAUACUACCACGAAACCGGAUAUAUCGUAGCCACCUCUGGCUCUGCACCUGCAAAAGCAAAGAAGAGUCUUGAGACCGCACUCGCAUCUGUAUCCAAGCACCCGGUCUUUGCCCCUGGCAUACAAGCUUUGGACAGUAGUGACGGGUUCAAAAAGUACGCUUGGCAGAUCACAGGACCACUGAAAGGCUUCACUGGCUAUCACAACCGUCUUGCCGGCUACGCCCAUUCGGCCAAUGCUCUAAAGGGCAUAUUCCUGCACUGUGCCACCCUCGGUAUCAAGUUUGUGCUGGGCAAAACUGCCGGCACGGUCACAGAACUCGUUUACACGGGCCAAGGAGCCAGCCGCAAAUGCACCGGCAUACGCACAGCAGAUGACAAAGUCCACCCAGCCACGAAAACAAUCCUCGCAUCCGGAGCCUGGACAGCUUCUCUCCUCCCCUCCCUCGGCAACUUCGUAACAGCAAGAAGUUGGUCAGUCGCCCACGUCCAGCUCACAGAACAAGAAUGCGAUUACCUCCGCGGCAUACCCGUCAUUAAUGUUCGCGAUUUGGGCUUCUUCUUCGAGCCAGACCCUGCUACUCGUCUUUUCAAGCUUUGUCCUUUGGGAGCCGGAUUUAGUAAUACGGACGCAGAGGGCACGAGUAUUCCACCCAUGGUUAGGAAACCUCAGCCUCAAGACUUCAUCCCUGCUGAAGAUGAGAUCAAGCUUCGAAAGCUUCUGCAAGAGACGUUUCCCUGGAUGGCGGACAGACCGUUUGUGGAUAAGAAGUUGUGUUGGUUCGCCGAUACCUCAGACUCCGAGUAUUGUAUCGAUUUCGUGCCUGAAAGCAACAAAUCUGUCAUUGUUCUGUCAGGAGACUCUGGGCAUGGAUUCAAGAUGAUGCCAAUCUUCGGUAAAUGGGUUGUUGAACUGUUGGAGAAUGGAGAGCAGAAAGUUGAUAGGUGGAGAUGGAAGACCGAGGACGAGAGGGGCAAAGAUUGGGGUGACGGUGUCAGCUGGAGAAUUGGAAAGGGAAGGGAAUUGAGUGAAUUGAUUGAUGAAGCCAGGAGGGGAAGUCUGAAUGCUCGUCUAUAG